AUGACAAAUCGCCAAGUUGAAGUAUUAGUUGGUGAAGCACGCGGCUUACAUAAUCGAAACAUUCAGAACACAAACAACGAUACUUUUGUGGAAGUUUACGUUGAUAAACAUUGUAAACAGCGAACAAAGGUAGUGAAUACUAUCGAAUAUCCCACAUGGAAUGAAACACUUAUUCUAAAUUUACCAGAUCUUGAAAAGCAUCAUUUACUUCACGUUCAUGUGUAUAGUAAAGAUAUUGUGGGUAAAGAUUCGAUUGGUUCAGCUACAAUUGAUUUAAAGCAAAUAAUCGGUGGAGCAGAAUUUGAUCAAUGGGUUCAACUAUCAGGACCUUUGCAUUUAUCUACGUUUGGAGAAGUACAUUUGACCAUUAAAUAUCUUGUAAGUACUGAUUCCUUUGCAUAUAUUACAUUUAUUUCAAGACUCAAAGAACACUCGACACUCUAAAAACAAUUCACUGACGACAGAAGAAACUUAUCACGAAAAGUAUUUUCCAAUUUUCUUUGUCAAGACUCAAUAAUCCGUUUCAGACUUCACUAUUUCUACAGAAAAAUCUAGUCAUGAGACUUUUGAUAAAAAAGGAAAUAUUUUAUUUCAUUUUCAUCAGCCAUGACACACGAUAGAUGGUACUUAGACAAACAGUAGUCAAAUCUCAUCUAGUAAUACAGGAUAUUUGCAGCGAUUAAUACUGACGAAUAUGUGCAAGCAGUAUGAGACUGUCUUAUCAAGCCUGAGAGAAAAAAUGCUUCCGACAUUUUCAUUAUUCAGUCGGUACCCUUUUUGAUCAAACCUCUCGUAUGUUUUUAAAAUAGACCAACUCUUCCACCAACUACCCUAGACAAAUCUUUUUGAAAAUUUCCGGUAAGACUCUCACCUUAUCUGAUUCUUAUAUAAGAAAUGGCAUGAAAGUUGCACGAAUUUCGUACGAAUCAGAUAACAAUUGAGUAAGAAUCUUAUAAGACUUUCAUAAGAAUCCUUUAUUAGAUUUUUACAAGAAUUAUUCUCUAUUCAUUUCGUUUCAGUAAGAUUUCGCAGAAAUAACUUUUUCGUCGUAGAUUUUCGUUAAGCCGAAGAAUUUUAGCAGUCUUAUGUCUAGAAUCCACUAUCAUAAAUCAGAAGUUUAAAACUUCAGUGCACUGAAUUAUGUUCAGUCGUGAUACACACCAUUUCCACACUCAAAAUAAUAUGCACCACUUAUAACAGUUCGGAGAAGAUUCUUGGCAAAAGCAGACAAGAAGCUGACAAGAUCCUUACAAGAUCGACCUAUUACCGUAUAAUGCUGCUCAAUCGACCAUCUCAGAUUUCUUCCAUAGUAAGUAGUAAUAGUUUAGAGCAAACAGUUUCAUGAAUUCCAGUGAAAACACCGCAGAUCCUAAAGUUGUUGCAUUGCUGAGAUAU